AUGAAGAUUUCUAGAGCAGCUGCAGUCGCUGCUUCUUCUUCUGAGCUCACCAUCAAUCACUUCUCGCGUAGUAAUACGAACCUCACAACUUUCUUCAACAAAUACGUAGACGCCACCAAUGUCUGGUCAUGGAAUUCGGUCAUUGCUGACCUUGCUCGCGCUGGUGAUUCUGUCGAGUCCCUUCUCGCCUUCUCGGCCAUGCGGAAGCUUUCUCUUACCCCAAAUCGUUCUACUUUCCCUUGUACGAUCAAAUCCUGCUCCGCCCUAUUUGAUCUUCAAUCUGGCAAGCAGACCCACCUACAAGCUCUUAUCUUUGGGUUUCACCACGAUCUUUUCGUCUCAUCCGCUCUCAUUGACAUGUACUCCAAAUGUGGUCACUUGGAUGAUGCCCACAACCUGUUCGAUGAAUCGCCUCUACGAAAUGUCUUUUCUUGGACUUCAAUGAUCUCUGGGUAUGUUCAAAACGGACGUCCCCAUGAAGCUUUAUCCCUUUUUAAAGACUUCCUAACUGAAGAGAGCUUGACUGAAAACGAAGUGUGUGUCGAUUCAGUUGCUAUGGUUUCUGUUCUUGCUGCUUGUUCUAGUACUUCAUGUAAGAGCAUUACAGAAGGGGUUCAUGGGGUGGUUGUUAAAAAGGGGUUUGCAGAAAACACAUCAAUUGGGAAUACUCUAGUGGAUGCUUAUGCCAAAUGUGGUCAAGUAGGUGUCUCUAGGAAGGCCUUUGAUGAGAUAAAUGACAAAGAUGUAACAACUUGGAAUUCAAUGAUUGCAGUUUCUGCUCAAAAUGGAUUGUCUACAGAAGCAAUUGAACUGUUUUAUUCCAUGGUAAGAGAUGCAGGUGUUAACUAUAAUGCCGUGACUUUGUCUGCCGUUCUGCUGGCUUGUGCUCAUUCUGGUGCUCUGCAAUUUGGGAAAUGCGUACAUGAUCAGGUUAUAAAGAUGGGUCUGGAGGAGGAUGUAGUUGUAGGUACAUCAGUUGUGGACAUGUACUGCAAGUGUGGGAGAGUAGCGACCGCAAGAAGAACCUUUGAUCGCAUAAAAAAGAAGAACGUGAGGUCAUGGACCGCCAUGGUUGCUGGCUACGGCAUGCAUGGUUACGCCAAAGAAGCUCUAGAUGUCUUUUAUGAGAUGAUCCGGGUUGGAAUGGUCCCAAAUUACAUAACAUUUGUGUCAGUCCUGUCAGCCUGCAGCCAUGCUGGUAUGGUUGAUGAAGGAUGGCACUGGUUCCAAACCAUGGAACACAAAUAUUCCGUAGAACCAGGCGUGGAGCACUAUAGUUGCAUGGUCGAUCUUUUUGGCCGAGCAGGUUUCCUUAACAGGGCUUAUAAUCUAAUCAAGAAAAUGAAAGUUAGACCUGAUUUUGUGGUCUGGGGUUCUCUUCUUGCUGCAUGUAGAAUGCACAAAAACGUGGAGCUCGGAGAGAUCUCUGCAAGAAAACUUUUUGAGCUUGACCCAAGAAACUGCGGAUAUUAUGUUCUACUUUCCAACAUUUAUGCUGAUGCGGGAAGGUGGGAAGACGUAGAAAAGAUGCGAAUAUAUAUGAAAAAACAUGGAUUGGUUAAAACACCCGGAUUUAGUUUGGUUGAAUUAAAAGGUAGGGUGCAUUUAUUUCUGGUUGGGGAUAAAGAGCAUCCUGAUCAUGAGGAAAUCUAUUUGUAUUUGGAAGAAAUAUCUUUGAAGAUACAAGAAGCUGGAUAUAUACCCAAUAUGGCAUCAGUUCUACAUGAUAUUGAUAAAGAAGAGAAGGAAAUGACAUUAAGAAUUCAUAGUGAGAAACUGGCUGUUGCCUAUGGGAUUAUGAACUCUGUUCCUGGCUCAACCAUUCAGGUGAUCAAGAAUCUGAGAAUUUGUGGUGAUUGCCAUGAAACCAUCAAAUUGAUAUCGAAGAUUGUGAAUCGAGAAAUUGUGGUUAGAGAUUCGAAGCGGUUUCAUCAUUUUAGUGAAGGUUUGUGUUCUUGUGGGGAUUACUGGUGAAGAAGGAAGGCUUUGGAACUUUUGCUGAUGGUAGUUUCUUGGCCUACUUGUGGUUUAGCAGAUAAUUGGUUAGAUUUAUCCUAUUGUAGCUUCUUUUUGUCUAAAAAUAUUGAGAAUUCUAAAUAUUUACAUCAAGAGGAAUAUAUGUUGAGGUUUUUGC